AUGCUGGACUUGAUCAUCAAGGGCGGGACCGUGGUCACACCCGACGGCGUGGGCCUGAGGGACGUGGGCGUCCAGGGCGAGCAGAUCGCGGCGGUGGCCGCGCCGGGAGUGCUAGACGACAUCGGAGCCGGCGAGACCAUCGACGCCACCGGCAUGAUCGUACUGCCCGGCGGUAUCGAAGCCCAUGCCCACAUCAACGUGCCGGUGCCCGACUAUUGGGCGGGCGGCGACGACGGCGUGUUCACCCAACCGCCCGAGGCGGCCAGCCGCGCCGCUGCCUUCGGAGGCGUCACCACCUACGUUGACUUCGCGGGGCGUUGCCCCUGA